AUGGCUGAUACUCUUCAAAUAUCUGUCAGUAAUAUAUCGUCCCUACAGACAAAUAGUCUAAAUGGCUAUGUAUCAUCUCCAUCUCCAUCACCUAUAUUAGGACCAUCAUCUCCAUCAUUCAAAGGAGUCGAGUUCCCAGAAUCAAGAGAAACUGAGUUUCUAGAAAAGAAUCAAAAAGGUUGGAUUCAUGGUACGAAUGUACCUUAUAAUGUAUUUAAAUAUGAUUUAUCAAAUGAAAAAAGUACUAAAACUAUCUUAACUAAAGAAUUUGAUCAAGAUCAUUUUGCUCCUAAGAUUGUGUUAGAUGAAGUUGAACAUUCAGCUUUUGGUGGAUUGGAUUCAAAACGGUCAUCAACCGUCAAUUAUAGACCUGAAUUCGAUGAUGAAGAAGAUGAUGAUGAUCACUCUCAUGGUGAUAUCUUAAGAAAGGAAGAAACUCCAAGUGCAUUUUCAGGUUAUUAUUCCAUCCCAAGGACUUCAUUAAAUAUCCCAAACUAUUAUAGACAAGAUCAACAUCAAGUUAAAUUAUUAACUGAUAUACCAAAACUUUGUUAUCAAAGUCAUUUCGAUUAUAAUGAUUUAACUUAUACUUUUGGUGGUAUAUUAGUAAGUAAAUAUACUAAUUUUAAACAUUUGGGAUUACCAAAAUCAAUUGAUUUAAAUAAAAUAUCAGUUCAUUUCCCCGUGGAUUUACCUCCCUUUGUUAAUAAAGAAAUCUUAUGUAAUCCUUUCAUGACUCAAAAUAAUCAUUUUUACUUAUUUAAUCCUUUAAGAGGUACUAUAACUUAUUUGGAUACGAUUAAUUUAACUGAUUUCCCGGGUCAUUUGAAUUGUUUAUUAAGUAGUCAAAUUUCAGAUCAUCAUAUUUUCUUUUAUGGUGGAUUUGAAAUUGAAACUUUAUCAGUUGAUUAUAAUCAUGAAAUUGGAAGAUGGAUUAUUAAAAAGAAUUUUAAAUUAAAUGAAGAUGGUUAUAUCCUUGAUAUUAAUACUUUGAAAUUCUCAAAAAUUGAUUUACAAUCAAAAUCUAAAGGUGGGUAUUUAAAAUUAGGUAGAUUGGGUGCAGGUAUGGUAUCAAAUAUUUAUGGUUUUAAUGGUGCAAAUACAAAGAGUACGGAAGGUCCAGUAAGUAAUAAUUCAAAUUCAACUACUGAAGUACCAAAAUAUCCUGAAGAUAAAUCAACUCCCGCUUCUAAAUCUACAAAAUUAGGCCCAGUACUGACUAUAAGUCCUGUUUUAAAACCAAUCGCUUCUCCAAAAUUAUCUCCUACAAUUCAUCCUGGUUAUAGAUUAAGUGAUAUACAGAAUUCUUCAUCAAGUGGAUCUACUAAUAAUGAUAUUCCAGAAAUUCAACAUACUCCAUCAUCUUUAAAUGCCUCUUUUUCAUUUCAAAAACCAACUUCUAAUCCUAAUGCAUCAUUAAAUAAAAGCAUUACUAAUCAAUCAUCCCAAUCCGCUCAAAGUUCAUCAACUGAUUCGUCCAUGUCAAAGAUAUUUCCAAGUGUAUCGAAUUUAAAACCAAUUCUUUCAAAUAAUGGCAGUAGUGGAGGUAACACUAGCAAUAAUAGUAAUGGUAAUAGUAGUCCUUCAACUAUAAGUAAUACUCCUAGUAAUGGAGUUUCAACCCCAUCUAAUAAUAAUGGAUCAACUCCCAUGUCAGUUCCACCAACUCCAAGCAGUACAGUAUCAAAAAUGACUAAUGUAUUUUCAAGAUCUUCAAAGAUUUUCCAAAGACAUCAUCAUCAAAGACAAACUAGUACUUUGGAUUCACCCAAAUCACCUCAAACUCAUCCUUUAAAGAAUACUUAUUCAAAACAAGUCAAACAAAAUCGUUCUAAUUCUCAACAUUCCUCAAAUGGUAGUAGACCCGCUUCACCUGUUCAAAUUGAUGCUGCAGGAAAUCCCGUUCCCUCUGCCACUGGUAACAUCAAAUCAAAAGAUGCCAUUCAAUUGAAAUCUGAAGUAAAGGCCACUGAUGCUAGUGUGAUUGGUGAUUACUAUCCAUAUAUGAGUCCAUCCCCAGAUCCAGUUAAAGGAGCCAAUGCACCUGCAGUAAUCAAUCCUGAUCCUAAUAAGUUUGAAAUCACCGUUAAACCUAUUUCAAAUCAUAGUUCAUCUUCUUCAACUAUAGGUUCUGGAGUAGGUAAGAAAGUUAAAAUCAAUACUAAUGGGGAUUCCAAUGGAUUUACUAACAAAGAUUUAUUAACGGUUAAAGUUAAUGAUGGUGGUGAUAAUGAAUCAAUUAAUUCAUAUAUGGAUGAUGAAAAUGUGCUUUUAUUUUCCGAUCCUGUUCAAAAAUCAGGAUUAGCGGGUGUGUCAAUCUUUGUAUUUGGAGGGUUUGUAAGUGAUGUUGAUGAAGAAACAGGAUAUCAAACUUUCAAAGCUUCGAAUGAUUUAAUCAAAAUAGAUUUGGCCACUAAAGAAGAUGAUACUCGUGGAGGAUUUUGUUUCCAAUCGGAAGCCAUUGUUACUGGUAUAGGUCGUGAAAAGGAAUGUCCAUUUUAUCGUGAAAAUCUGGAUUGGCCAACUCCAAGAGGUUAUUUCGCCAGUGCACUUAUAAAAUAUAAUGGUAAGAAAGAUGUUGAAUGUGAAAUUGAUAUUGGUGGUGGGGCAAAUACUGUUGAAAUUGAUAAUAAUGAAUUAAAGAGAGUUUCAACUAUAAUUAGUAAUACUUCAUCAGUGGGUGCUUCGUUCCAUACUAGUCAAAGUACCAAUGGAUCACUUCUUAAUAGACAAUUGGAAAAUUAUUUUGAAGGUAAAGCUAUGUUAGUUCAAGGUGGAUGUAAUGAAAAUCCAGAAUAUUUUAGUGAUUUUUAUUUAUUUGUUUUUGAUACUGCAACAUGGGAAAAAGUUUCAACUUAUGCAUUUGAUUAUUAUGAUAUUCCUCUUAAUAGUCCUUAUGAUGAUGAUGAUGGAUCGAAAUAUACUAAAGAAAAUGAACUUGAAGAAUCUAUCUUUAAUGAAGCAGAAUUAAGAGCAUGUCAUCAUACAGCAUUAUAUUAUCAAAAUGAAGAAUGUGAUUAUCUUUUCUUUAUGGGAGGAUUUUAUAAUGAUUAUUUAAGACAUUUUGAUUCUAAAGCUUAUGAAUCUGAUAAAUAUGAUAUUACAAGAUUAUCUAAAUUCCCGUUUGCUAUUAAUAAUACUAAUCUUUUAAGAAUUCCAGUAUUGAAUUUACAAACUCAAACUUGGAAAUUUUUAAAAUAUUAUUAUGAUGUUAAUAAUGUUAAUAGUGAAGUUUAUAAUGAGAAAAUAUCUAAUAAUCAAGGAUGGAUAAAUUCAAGAGUGAUAAAUUACGGUGGAUCAAUCUCUUUAAAUGGGAAGAGUAUAACUAUAUGUCAUGGUUUAGCUGCUCCAUGUCCUGAAAAGAAGAAAGAUUUUGAUACCCUUAAUCGUCAAGUUCCUCCUAAUUUAUUACUUUGGGGUUGUCAUGUUCAUUUCACUUUCCCAAGUUUGUAA